GACAUCAAUUUAUAUAUAAUCUAAAUUCAGCAUCGACAAGACCAUAUUAAACUGUUUAAUUCCGGUAGAAACUUUGAAAACUUUGUUAAAGCUACCAAUACAAGAUGGUUACUUCAGCUUGCCUUGCAGUCAUUUGUUUUGCUUGGAUCACUGUUACCAUGCCAACUGCAAAUGCGCAUUGUGUUUGUCCUUUAAUUUACGUACCUGUGUGCAGCGUUGAUGGCGUGACGUAUUAUAAUCUAUGUUUUCUAAAAUGUGUUUGGGCAAUCUUACUCCAUAAUGGUCCCUGUAUUAACUUACGUAAGCGAUCUGCUGUAAGCCCGCAGCCUACUGUUGAACCUAAAGACAUCCACAAUCUACCUACAAGUGUGUGGCGUCGAUGGUACAACCUACGACAACGACUGCAAUAGAAAAUGCGCAAAGUAAGUUUUUUGCAACCUUUUUCAAUG